AUGGUCAGCUCCUGUUGUGGCUCCGUCUGCUCUGACCAGGGCUGUGGCUCCAGCUGCUGCCAGCCUUGCUGCCGCCCCACCUGCUGCCAGACCACCUGCUGCAGGACCACCUGCUGCCGGCCCACCUGCUGUGUGUCCAGCUGCUGCCGCCCCUCCUGCUGUGGCUCCAGCUGCUGUGGCUCCAGCUGCUGCAGGCCCAGCUGCUGCCGCCCCUCCUGCUGUGGUUCCAGCUGCUGUGGCUCCAGCUGCUGCAGGCCCAACUGCUGCAUCUCUAGCUGCUGCCGCCCCUCUUGCUGCCAGACCACCUGCUGCCGCCCCAGCUGCUGUGGCUCCAGCUGCUGCCGCCCCUCCUGCUGCAUUUCUAGCUGCUGCCGCCCCUCUUGCUGUGGUUCCAACUGCUGUGGCUCCAGCUGCUGUGGCUCCAGCUGCUGCCGCCCCUCCUGCUGCCCCUCCUGCUGCCUGCGCCCAGUCUGUGGCCGGGUCUCCUGCCACACCACUUGCUAUCGCCCCACCUGUUGGAACCCCAAUCCUUCCUCUGACACCAUGGUCAGCUCCUGUUGUGGCUCUGUCUGCUCUGACCAGGGCUGUGGCUCCCGCUGCUGUGGCUCCAGCUGCUGCCAGCCUUGCUGCCGCCCCACCUGCUGCCAGACCACCUGCUGCAGGACCACCUGCUGCCGGCCCACCUGCUGUGUGUCCAGCUGCUGCCGCCCCUCCUGCUGUGGCUCCAGCUGCUGUGGCUCCAGCUGCUGCCGCCCCUCCUGCUGUGUGUCCAGCUGCUGCCGCCCCUCCUGCUGCCAGACCACCUGCUGCUGCCCCAGCUGCUGUGGCUCCAGCUGCUGCCGCCCCUCCUGCUGCAUUUCUAGCUGCUGCCGCCCCUCUUGCUGUGGUUCCAACUGCUGUGGCUCCAGCUGCUGUGGCUCCAGCUGCUGCCGCCCCUCCUGCUGCCCCUCCUGCUGCCUGCGCCCAGUCUGUGGCCGGGUCUCCUGCCACACCACUUGCUAUCGCCCCACCUGUGUCAUCUCCACCUGCCCCCGCCCCAUGUGCUGUGCCUCCUCUUGCUGCUGA